CUUUAUACUGUCAGCAUUCCCCCGCCCCAGAAGAAAGGGAAACAGUGGAAAGGGGGAAUGGACUUGCUUGUGCAUCUGCACGUAAGAGGGCAACUUAGCUAGAAGGGCCCAUGUCACAGGGUGUCUGGCCCCUUUCAGGGACAAUGGGGCCAGCUCCACCUAAGCUGUAAUUAACUGUAUCUCUGCCUGAGCAGGCAGGGAUUAAGACGGCAACCACCAGGGCCUCAGAAGAAAAAGGCCUAAAAGAGCAGAGGCAGGAGCUGGGCCCGCAGAGCAGCGGGGCGGAGUCGGAGCAGUGGCUGGUUCCGCAGGAGGAGCAGGCGGCUGAACUGCAGCCCCCGAAGGGGGGACUGAGGUUCAGGCCUGGGGAGGGGGAACAAGAGGAGCCCCGGGCUCCGGCAGAGGCUCCCCGCUGAUCCCGCACCCGCGGGGGGGGGACCUGGCGGGGAAAUGCUGGGUUUGGGCUCCCCCCUUCCUGCUGCGGCUCCUCCCGGGCAGCGGCUGCUUGGGAGGGGCAGCCCCAGCCCGGGCCAGCCUCCCUGCUGACUCCGGCCGCUCGGCUCUGCCCCCGGCACCCGCGGAGGAGGCGGGCCCCGGUAGGCGGCCGCUCCUUUCGGUUUCGAUUCCGGAGCCGAUCCGGGGGCGGAGCGCGGCGGCUGCCGGGGGCCUGGGGAAGUCGCUGCAAGGAAACGAAACUGGGGCCGAGCCGGCUGAAGCGCCGAGCCGCUGUUGCUGUUCCGCCGCACUCCGAGCGCCGCGCCGAGCCGCCCCCAGCCACGCGGUUGUGCCAAAAUGGCAGAAUAUUAUGUUAAGCCACAGUUGUACAAGGGAAAACUUCAUGAAUAUUGUCAAAAGAAUAAACUGCAACUUGAGUAUAAGGAUGUCAAAGUGGAAGGCCCUCCUCAUGAUCGUGUGUUCACUGUCAUGGUUGUAAUAGGUAACAGAGAGUAUCCUGUAGCUACAGGUAAAACCAAGAAAGAGGCAAAAGAAGAGGCCGCAAAGGCAGCAUGGGGUAGCAUAACACAAGAAAAUCAAACUAAACAGGCUUCGCUCCCACAAACUCCACAGCCGCAGCCAUCGCCGCCACCACCACCGCCAACAGAGUUUUCAUCAGACAUACUGAAAGAGAUACAACCACUUGACUGUAUCUCCAUGCUUACCAAAUAUGGACUAAAACAUAACAUAGUGAUUGAGUAUAAAUUAGAAGAUGAAUGUGGACCCCCCCAUAAAAAAACAUUUUCUUUUAGCUGUAAAAUUGGUGACCAGAUUUAUGGUGCAGGCACUGGAAAUGAUAAAAAAGCUGCAAAACAGGCUGCUGCAAAAUGUGCAUAUGAACAGUUAAGAUCUCAAGAAACGUCAAGGGCAGGGAGACACACAGCUGUUGCCAGUUCUGCAAAUAGUCUACUUAGUAGUUCCAGUGGAAUGUCAAGCUGGUCAUCUGCAAAUGGUUCUGAUUCUGCAUCUAAAAAUAUCAACUCAGAUGGGAGCUUAGUAAAUAAAAUGAAUGACCUGAAAGUAGCUGAAGAUUGUUCAUCUCCUUGGGCAACUCCCAAAAAUGCUGCCAUGAAAUCUAAGAGAAGAGAGAUUGCAACUAAAUUGGCACCCUCGUUCUCAGGGCAGCAGGUCAAGGAAGAGAAAAAGGAAAAUAAGUACACUCAGGAUGAAAGACUUAUCAAGGAUUUUGAAGAGCUAGAGCGAAUUGGCAGCGGUGGAUUUGGGAAUGUUUUCAAAGCAAAACAAAUUAUUGAUAAGAAGUACUAUGCUGUCAAACGAGUCACGUGUAGCGAUAAAGUACAGCGUGAGGUACAAGCACUAGCAGAGCUUGCGCAUGAAAACAUCAUACGGUAUUACACCUCUUGGACUGGGAAAGACUUUCUCAAUUCUGAGAACAGUUCAAGCCUUUCAAGACCGAGGUCAGAUUUUCUAUGUGAUUGCCUUUUUAUCCAAAUGGAAUUCUGUGAGAAAGGAACACUGGAUGGCUGGAUUGAUGAAAAGAGAGGGAAGAAAAAUUACCAAGAUGAGUCUCUCAUCAAAUUUAGACAAAUAGUGACAGGAGUAGAAUAUAUUCAUUCUAAAGGGUUUAUUCACAGAGACCUCAAGCCCCUCAACAUAUUCAUAUCUCGUGAAAAUAAAAUAAAAAUAGGUGACUUUGGACUUGUAACUUCAAUGACAGAUGACCUACGGACAACAGAAAAGGGAACAAGAUCAUAUAUGAGCCCAGAACAGGCUGGAGACAAAUAUGGACAGGAAGUGGAUAUAUUUGCACUAGGAUUAAUUCUCUUUGAAAUUCUUUGGAUAUUUUCCACUGAUGCUGAAAAAUUUCAGGAGUGGCCCAAAAUAAGAGAAUGUGUACUUCCAGAGGAGUUCAGCAAGAAAUUUCCGGCAGAGAAACACAUAAUUGAGCAAUUGCUCUCAAAAGAUGUUGCAAAGAGACCUUCGGCAUCUGGAGUACUGGAGCUUUUGAAGCUUGUUGCUAAAAAGAACCCAGAUACAAAGAACGUACAUACGUGUUAGGCACCCUGUUUAAAGGAACAACAUAAGCUCUGUUUUGGUCUAGAAUUUGACUCCCCCCCCCCUUAAAAUUGCUGAAACGUGACAAACAUAUUUGGAAUCUUAGGUUCAAUCCUAUUGUCCUGCACAAAACCUGGCUUUACAUGGGGAUCUCUGCAGGGAUUGGGGGAAUGAAAGCCUCUUGUGAUCCAGAGCAUCAGUAUAAAUUUCUGCUUUAUACCCCAUAGUCUGGAGCCUUGUGCCCCUGCCCUUUCUCACCUCUGGGCAGGUGGUGGGUGUCGUGUUUUACAGGUGGAUCAGCAGUCAUGGACCCAUCAUUAUGUUCAUCCUUGGCUGACGAGGGAACCACUGUGCAGUAUUACCCCAUGGUACUUCAUGGGGUGGAGAGGUCCGUCUACAGUCUGCCCCUGCUGUACAACAGAAUGUCAGCAGGUCCAGUGCUUAUUUCCAUAAGUAUGAAGGAGGCAGGAUUUGACCUUUUAUACUUAAGUUUGCUGUUGCCUGCUGUUUUAAAUCUUUUGCUCUCUCCCAGCAGUAACCAUUUAUUUUUAUGUCACCUAGAAAUAUUGUGGCUUUUUUACAGUAGGAAAUUUUAGGAAAAAUUGCCACUUCUGGCUGUAUGGGUGGGAGUGCUAGGGCUAGGUUCACAAGAGGGACUUGGGUGCCUAGUGUAGCAGUUAGGCACCUAAGUCCAACAUUUAGGCACCACUUGUACUCACAAAAUCACUGCUCAGCUGCCAUCUAACCUUGUAGGCCCCUAAGCCCUGGUCUACACUAGGACUUUAGGUUGAAUUAUCAGCAUUAAAUCGAUGUAAACCUGCACCCGUCCACACGAUGAAGCCCUUUAUUUCGACUUAAAGGGCUCUUAAAAUCGAUUUCCUUACUCCACCCCUGACAAGUGGAUUAGCGCUUAAAUCGGCCUUGCUGGCUCGAAUUUGGGGUACUGUGGACACAAUUCGACGGUAUUGGCCUCCGGGAGCUAUCCCAGAGUGCUCCAUUUUGACCGCUCUGGACAGCACUCUCAACUCAGAUGCACGAUUGUUUGCCGUUGCUCUGACGCAGGGAGGGGCGACUGAGGACACGGCUUACAGGGUUGGCUUCAGGGAGCUAAAAUCAACAAAGGGGGUGGCUUUACAUCAAGGAGUAUUUCAGGCAGGACUUCACGGAGGGUUCCAAUAAGAAAUGGUGCACCUAAGUUAUUGUUCUUAUUGGAACAAGGAGGUUAGCCUGGCCUCUGAUUGAUACAUGGCUAGAUUUACCUCGCUGCACCUUCUCUGUGAGUGACUGCAGUGUGACCUAGAGGAAUGAGUCCCCUAGACAGGGGAGGGGGGGAAGCAAAUGAGUACAAAACAAAUCUGGUCUAUUUCUUGUUUUGAUCCACUCCAUCUAUCUUUUACAUUGUUGGCUGGCAGCAGACGGUGCAGAAGGACUGCAUGCCAUCCACAUCUCAUGGCUGCUCAGCAGAAGAUGGUACAGUACGGCUGCUAGCCAUCAUCUCUUGCCUGCCCGGCAGAAGAUGGUACAAUACGACUGCUAGCCAUCGUCAUCUCUUGCCUGCCCGGCAGAAGAUGGUACAGUACGACUGCUAGCAAUCCGUAUUGCCUGCCUGCUCACCAUAAGACUGUUCAAUAGGACUGACUGCAGGACUAAAGAGAAUGACCUGGUCAAGUCACUCCAAAUUUAGUCCCUGCGCCCAUGUCUGCCCAGGCGCUCCCAGCCGACGUGGCCAGGAGCACCUCGGACAUGACGAUGACGGCUACCAGUCAUAUUGUACCGUCUGCUGCCAGAAGGCAAUGAGUUGCUGCUACUGUGUAGCAAUGCCGUACUGCAUCUGCCAGCACCCAGGAGACAUACGGUGACGGUUACCUGAGCGGGCUCCAUGCUUGCGGUGGUAUGGCGUCUGCACAGGUAACUCAGGAAAAAAGGCGCGAAACGAUUGUCUGCCCUUGCUUUCACGGAGGGAGGGAGGGAAGGGGGGCCUGACGAUAUGUACCCAGAACCACCCGCGACAAUGUUUUAGCCCCAUCAGGCAUUGGGAUCUCAACUCAGAAUUCCAAUGGGCAGCGGAGACUGCGGGAACUGUGGGAUAGCUACCCACAGUGCAACACUCCAGAAGUCGACUCUAGCCUCGGUACUGUGGAAGCACUCCGCCGAGUUAAUGCACUUAAUGCACUUAGAGCAUUUUCUGUGGGGACACACACACUCGAAUAUAUAAAACCGAUUUCUAAAAAACCGACUUCUAUAAAUUCGACCUUAUUCCGUAGUGUAGACAUACCCUUCCCCUAAAGUCCCAAGGUGACUGAGUUUCUACUGAUGAAGUCCCAGAGGCUCCCAACUUUUCGUGGCUGGACAUGGUCACUCAGGAUGUGGGAAACCUGGGGUCAAAUCUCUACUCUGCUGGGUCCUUCCACCUCCCAGGAGAGUAUCCAAACCACUGGUUUCAAUCUCUUGUUGAAGCCGCUCCACUCUGUAGUACCUAAUGAAAUAUUCAUGGGGCCAGAGAAAGAAUUUGAGUGACUCUAGUGGUUAAAUCAGUCACCUGGGCGGUAGGAAACCCAAGUUCAAGUCCCUUCUCCACAUCAGGCAGUGUAGAGAUUUGACCCCAGAUCUCCUACAUCCUGUGUGAGGGCUCUAACUGCUGUGCUAUGGGGUGAUCUUCCUUUGUGGUUUUUCAUGAAAAUGACUGACCUGGCUUAGGUGCCUAAGUCCAGGAGAAAGGUGUGAAUCCCAAGUGGAGAUAGGUGUCUCCCUCUAGUUGGGACUUAAGCAUUCAACUCCCUUAAGCCCCUGGGAGGCCACAAACAGCUUUCAGGAGGUCCACCAAGCAGGGCCAGUGUUAGACUCGCUGGGGCCCCAGGGCAGAAAGCUGAAGCCCCACCAUAUGGGGCUGAAGCCUGGGGCCGAAGCCUGGGGCCCAGAGCCCAUAAUAUGGGGCUGAAGCUGAAGCCUGAGCAAUGUAGCUCUGCAGGGACCUUUGUGGUAUGAGGCUCCAGGCAACUGCCCUGCUUGCUAUCCCCUAAUGCUGGCUCUGGCUUUUAUAUACAGAAAACAAGUUAUUGUGGUACAAGUGGGCUGUGGAGUUUUUAUAGCAUGUUGUGGGGGUGUCAGAAAGAAAAAAGUUGAGAAUCCCUGGCAUAGGCCAUAUCCCUCGCCACAGCAUUUCCACCUAAGCUAGGUAGGCUCAGUGGGCUGGCUUUUGUGAUUCCCAUUCUAACUCUCCCCAUGCAUUGUUCAUUGUGCCUAACUCAGGACUGUGAAUUCCACUAAGAGGCAGGGCACCUACAAGUCCCCUUUGUGACUAUAUAGCCUCUUGUGUAGAGAAGGUUCAUGUGUCUUUAUUACUGUCUGACAGUGAGGGAAAAUAGCUGGAGUUUUCUCUAGACGAGGUCUGUGUUGUGUGCUCUUCAGUGGCCGAUUGGUAUCUACAUAUAAUUAGCAAUAGCUAAUAUGCUUGUUGCUGGCACAUGGACCAAAAUAUCUGUUAAAGCACUUUUGAAGUUGAUUUUUAUUACAUUAGUAUAAUGAAUUUCACUUCACUUAAAGACACCAGACAAGUUAAUGUUUGCCAAAUGGAAAACGAUUAAAUUUGGUAAAAAAGCAUUAGAAAUGUUAUACGUAUUUGAAGAUUGCAAGCUUUUUGGGCUUUUUGUCUUUAUACCUGAAUGUUAAAUUAUUAGCAAAUUGCUGGUGCUGUAUAAAUAAUGCUAAUACGAUGAGGGUGUUUCAAACAAUGAAGAAUUAAAAAAUAUUUAGGCUCUUAAAGAACGUGUCCCUUUGAGAAUUUAAAGCUCAGUUUAACGAUUCACUUUAUAGAAACCAGGUGUCACAAUGAGUCAACACAGCAGUUUUCAAACUUUUUGAGCUGAGCCUCCCUUUGAGUUACAAUUUUUGGUUAUGCCCCCCAAACCCAGACAAAAGGAGGCGAGUCGGGGUAGAGGUGGUACUUCCUCCUCAAGCCCCGCCACUUGCCUUCUCCCCCUCUCCCAAAUGUUCCUCUACACCUCCACAGUUUGAAAACUGAAUUAACAUGUAAGAUCUGGUUUUUGUCUUUUGAAGAUUGGGAUUUGUCUCUGAAAUGUAAACCCACAUCCUGCCCAAGUCAGCUGUGUCAAUUGCUUGGGCUCCACAAUGUUCCCUCAGUAGCAGCCUCAUAGUAAUUAUGUGGUCUCCAAUCUCAGUCUACUUCCCAGGAGAAGAGUCUGUGACACCACCUCACUCUCCAAUUAUAUAUACCACAUGGAGACAGGGACGCUGGAACAGUUUGUAUAGUGGGGUUCUUGAGAGCUAUUGAACCAAACUGUAAACUCUGUAUAUGAUGGAAACCACUUCAAGCCAGGGCAUGCUGCAGCACUCCCAAGUUCCAGCACCUAUGCAUGGAGAUGAGUUGUGGUGAGGCAGGUGCCACAGACAAAGUGGUUGUGGAGGGAAGGGAGAGUGCUAUCAGUAAGAGGCCAAGGGACCUUCAGAUUAAGGAAACAAUCUCCAAUAAGUUGUGGAGAGGGAGAGUGAGCCCAGUAAAUACCAUCCCCUCCCUGCACUCCCAAUCUUUUUCUCUCUUCCCCCAGGAUACCAACCCUGUCCUAUAAGAUCAAGGAGUUCAGUUGGGUCUUUAACAUUGGGUUGCAUAGUUCAAGCACUUUAGAUUUUUGGUGGGCAUGUUUUAAUAGUAAAGCCCUGGCUGUGCUUAUAAAGAGCAGUUGGAGGUAGGAAUCAGGUUGUUACAGGCAUUUUUAAUGCUUUCAUCAUAGCAACGUCAGUGCCAAAGGGUAACAUAAUCAUUCUUUAAAAGCUGUUCGUAGAAAUUAAGGCCCCAGUCUUGCAGUGAGCAGAGAUCUGCGUGCUGCUAUCCUUGUGCCUCUGUAGGAACCGAUUGGUCCACCUACAGACCUCAUUGCAAAAACAGGGCCCAAAUUUACGUUAGGUUUGUAGAUAAAGUACUUUUUUUGAUUCUUAGAAACAGUGGAUAAAUUCACAAUUUUUGUUCUUAUACUGAUCAAGUAUUAGAAUGAAUAGUAUGCCU